GUUUUGAAGCAGAAACAUUUGACAUCAGCAUCGAACAUCUCCCACGGCCAGCAGACCCUCUGCAUCAGAAAGUAACCCAGCGAGGCGGGAAGGAGCCGGUUGAGUGACGAGUGGGCGAACGCAUGCGUGCAGGGCUUGCCUGCUCCUCGAGUGGGAGCGGCGCCGGGAGAGGGGGAACUGAGAGACUUCAACCCGUCCUGCGAAGGAACUGCAGCUCUUGUCACCGUUUAUUCGCUGUGCUUUCUUCUCAAGUUCAUUAGUUGCCAAGAGAAUAGUUAUACGGCAAUGUUGCUCUUCGGGAGUUUAAGUAUUUGGGUCACCCUUUGGCACUGUGCUCUCUCUCAAGAGCCAGAGUUCAGUUAUGGCUGCGCUGAGGGAAGCUGUUAUCCGGCUACAGGAGAUCUGUUGAUUGGGCGAGCUGAUAAGCUCUCUGCCACCUCCACCUGUGGCUUGCAAAAACCUGAGCCCUUCUGUAUUGUUAGCCACCUUCAGGAAGAAAAGAAAUGCUUUUCAUGUGAUUCGCGGAGUCCUUUUGCUGAAAAUCAAAACAGCCACAGAAUUGAGAACGUGGUCACGACUUUUGCUCACAACCGACUGAAUACCUGGUGGCAGUCUGAGAAUGGCAUUGAAAAUGUUUCUCUUCAAUUGGAUCUGGAGGCUGAAUUCCAUUUUACCCACCUCAUCAUGACUUUCAAGACAUUUCGUCCAGCUGCUAUGAUGAUUGAGCGAUCUUCAGAUUUUGGAAAGACCUGGCAGGUGUAUAGGUACUACGCUUAUGACUGUGAGACAUCCUUUCCAGGCAUUUCAGCAGGAUCAUUGAAGAAAGUGGAUGACAUUAUCUGCGAUUCUCGGUACUCUGAUAUUGAACCUUCCACAGAAGGAGAGGUUAUCUAUCGUGUGUUGGACCCAGCCUUUAAAAUCGAAGAUCCUUAUAGCCGAAGAAUACAAAACAUGCUGAAGAUCACAAACUUGAGGAUAAGGUUUACUAAGCUCCAUACCCUGGGUGAUAAUUUACUAGACUCGCGAGUGGAAAUCAAAGAAAAAUAUUACUAUGCUAUCUAUGACAUGGUGGUUCGAGGCAACUGUUUCUGUUACGGACAUGCCAGCGAAUGUGCUCCUGUUCACGAUUCUGAUGAUCAGGAUGUGGAAGGGAAGGUACAUGGUCGAUGUGUGUGCCGGCACAGCACUAAAGGUUUAAACUGUGAGCUGUGUCAAGAUUUCCACCAGGACGUACCUUGGAAACCCGCAGAAGGACGCAACAGCAAUGCUUGCCAAAGGUGUAACUGCAAUGGACAUGCUGAUAAAUGUCACUUUGACAUGGCUGUGUAUUUAGCCUCUGGUAAUGUCAGUGGUGGUGUUUGUGAUGGCUGUCAGAAUAAUACAAUGGGGCAGCACUGUGAACAAUGCAAACCUUUUUAUUACCAGCAUCCAGAACGAAGUAUUCGUGCCAGUGACAUCUGUGAGCCUUGCAACUGUGACCCUGCUGGAUCAUUGAAUGGUGGAAUUUGUGAUAGUUACACUGAUUUGACAGCUAAUCUCAUAGCAGGACAGUGUCGCUGUAAGCUAUAUGUUGAGGGUGAGCGUUGUGAUCUGUGCAAAGAGGGUUUCUUCGGACUAAGUGCAGAUGAACCACUGGGAUGUCAACCGUGUGCUUGUAACCAUUUGGGAACUCAUCCUGGAGGAUCUCCAUGUAAUGAUGUAAUAGGAAGUUGCUUCUGUAAACGUCUGGUGAUGGGCAGGAACUGUGAUCAGUGUUUGCCUCAGCAUUGGGGACUAAGCAAUGAUCUAGAUGGGUGUCGCCCUUGUGACUGUGACCUAGGGGGCUCCUACAGUAAUGACUGUUCAGCAGAGACUGGCCAGUGUCCAUGUAAGGAGCAUAUGGUUGGGCGUCGCUGCAAUGAGGUUGAAUCUGGGUUUUACUUUAUUGCACUGGACCAUUACACACACGAGGCUGAGGAAGCUCACCUGGGUCCAGGCGUUACCAUAAUACAGCGACAAUACCCACAAGAUCGUUCUCCAACCUGGACAGGAAUUGGAUUUGGACGUGUUCCUGAGGGAGCCUAUCUAGAAUUCCACAUAAAUGACAUUCCAUAUUCGAUGGAAUAUGACGUGUUAAUUCGCUAUGAGCCGCAGCUGCCAAAGAACUGGGAAGAGGCAAAAAUAAUUGUGUUAAGACCUGGUGAAAUUCAUACUGGCAGUCGAUGUGUGAAUACUACUCCUGAUGAUGACAACCAAGUGUUCUCUCUCCCAUCAGGAUCCAGGUAUGUGGUUCUGCCUCGACCUGUAUGCUUUGAAAAAGGAUUAAACUACACCAUCCGGUUAGAAUUAACAAAAUACUCCUCGGAUGAUGAAAUGGAGAAUCCUUAUACCUUCAUAGAUUCGCUUGUACUCAUGCCCUACUGCAGGUCAUUGGAUAUAUUUUCUUCAGGAGAAUCGGGCGAGAUUGUCACAAACAGCAUGUGGGAUACCUUCCAGCGCUACCGCUGCUUGGAGAACAGUCAGAGUGUUGCCAAGACUCCAAUGACUGAUGUCUGCAGAGGCAUUUUGUCCAGUAUUUCUUCGAUAAUCCAUGAAGGAGCUCUGCCAUGCAAUUGUGACCCUCAAGGCUCUCUCAGUUCUGUUUGUAAUCCAAAUGGUGGACAGUGUCAGUGUCGCUCCAACGUAGUUGGCAGAAACUGUGACAGAUGUGCUCCUGCCACUUAUGGUUUUGGCCCUAGUGGCUGCAGACCUUGUGACUGUCAUUUAGAAGGUUCUGUUUAUGAAUUUUGCCAUCAUGCGACUGGCCAUUGUCCGUGUAAGGAAGGAGUCUACGGCCGACGAUGUGACCAGUGUCAGCCUGGAUUUUGGGGAUUUCCUAGUUGCCGCCCAUGCCAGUGUAAUGGGCAUGCAGAUCAUUGUGACUUGGAAACUGGCGAAUGUUUGAACUGCAGAGAUCAUACGAGUGGACAGAAUUGUGAGAGCUGUCUGUCAGGUUAUUACGGGGACCCUGUACUUGGGUCAGGUGACCACUGUCGCCCAUGCCCUUGCCCAGAUGGGCCAGAUAGUGAACGGCAGUUUGCCACUGGCUGUUAUCUGGAUCCUUAUUCUCGCAAUAUUGUUUGCCUCUGUCAACCUGGAUACACAGGUGCUAGAUGUGAUGAAUGUGCAUCUGGGUUUUACGGUAACCCAAAUGAGACCAGAGGAUUUUGUCAGGAGUGCCAGUGCAGCAAAAAUAUCGAUGUGACUGACCCAGAGUCCUGUGACAAGCGAACUGGAGAGUGUCUUAAAUGUCUGUAUCAUACAGAGGGUGAAAGCUGUAACCUCUGCAAGCCUGGCUAUUAUGGGAAUGCUGUGCAACAGAACUGCAUAAAGUGUGUCUGUAAUUACUUGGGUACAAUACAGGCCCAGUGCCCUUCUGCAGAUGAAUGCCAUUGCAAUCAAACCAUUGGUCAGUGUCCUUGCCUUCCCAAUGUGGUUGGUCUAACAUGUGACCACUGUGCACCUGAUACCUGGAAGCUAGCAAGUGGAACAGGUUGUGAACUGUGCAACUGUAAUGAAGUCCACUCACGUGCAUCAUCUUGUAAUGAGUUUACAGGGCAAUGUCAAUGCAUGGCUGGAUUUGGAGGACGAACUUGCAGUGACUGCCAAGAAUUCUUCUGGGGAGAUCCUGAUGUGGAAUGUUUGAAAUGUGAUUGUAACGAUCUUGGCAUCGAGACACAGCAGUGUAACCAGACAGAUGGACGCUGCAUCUGUCGAAAAGGGAUUGCUGGUGAACGCUGUGAUAGAUGUGCCCGAGGGUACUUCGGUACAUUCCCUCACUGUGAACAGUGCCAUGCGUGCUUCAGUCUCUGGGAUAAAAAAAUUGAAGAGCUGACCACUCAAAGCAAACGACUUGUAGAACAGGCUGAUACAAUCAAAGCCAAUGGAGUUAUUGGCCCUUAUCAAGAAACAGUUAAUGCUGUGCAGGAAAAGAUUAAUGAAAUACAAUCUCUGCUUGCUGCAAAUCCUGCAACUGAACCACUUGACAAUAUUGAGGAUCUUUUGGAAGAAGCCAGGAAAAAAGUGGCUGAUCUUGCAAAAAAAGUGAAUGGAAUUGAAUUGGAUCUUGCAGCAACAGAAGACCGAAAUAAUGUGACUGCCACAGAACUAAAUGGCCUUCAGAGUGAGACUGAGGGCUUAAAAGCCAUUGUGAGUGAACUAUCAGAGCGGUUGGAAUACAUUAAGAACUCCGAUAUCCAUGGAGCCCUGGACAGUGUCCAGAAAUACAGUAAACAAUCUGUAGAGGCUGAAAUACAAGUUAAUGCUUCUACCACUGAUCCUGACAAUAUAUUACUGGAAUCUUCCACCAUUCGACAUAAGGUGGAUGAAAUGAUUUCACAGAGUGAGGAGCACUUUGAGGAACAGCAAAAGGAACAUUCACAAAGUCUGGAAGAAUUGGCCGAGAAAUUGCAGAAUCUAGAUCUUUCACCAUUAAGUGAAAAGAUUUGUGGGAGCCCUGCAGGAAUAUCUUGUGACGAAGCAAAGUGUGGAGGUCCAACCUGUCAAGCUGAUGACAAAACCAGAAAGUGUGGAGGGCCUGGCUGUGAUGGACUUGUAACUUUAGCUCAUAAUGCAUGGCAGAAUUCUAUGGAUUUUGAUACAGAAAUCCUAAAUGCUUUGGCCGAAGUGGAUCAGCUCUCUAAAAUGGUCACUGAUGCAAAGGUUAAAGCAGAUGAGGCUAAAUUAAAUGCACAAAAAGUCCUGCAAAAAACAAAUGCAACAAAGGAAAAAGUGGAUAAGAGCAACGAAGAUUUGAGAAAUUUAAUCAAGCAAAUCAGAGAAUUUCUUACACAGGAUGGUGCUGAUUUAGAGAGCAUUGAAGCUGUUGCCAAUGAAGUAUUGAAAUUAGAAAUGCCAACUACUCCACAGCAGCUUCAGGACCUGACCAAUGACAUUCGUGUCCGGGUAGAGAGUCUGUCAGAUGUAGAGGUGAUCCUAAACCAGAGUGCAGCAGACAUUGAAAGAGCAGAAACACUACUAGAUGAGGCCAGGAGAUCCAGAAUUCGUGCAACAGAUCUUAAAGUCUCAGCUGAUCGUGUAAAGGAGGCCUUGCAUGAAGCUGAAAGGGCACAAAAUUCAGCAACAAAGGCCAUCAAACAGGCUAAUGAAGACAUUGAGGGAACACAAGAUCUUCUGACUUCAAUUGAAUCUGAGACUGUUGCAUCAGAACAAAGUCUCAACAAUGCUACUGUACGCUUAGCACGGAUUGAAAAAGAUAUUAAUGAACUAAAGCAAAAGACUGCUGACAAUACAAAUGCUGCAGAAAACAUAGGAGAAACAGCAGAGAGAGUAAAGCAGGCUGCAACUGAGGCCAAACAGGUUCUUGACACUGUCCUUAAAGAAAAGUACGGUAUUGUAGAAGACACCAUUGAAAAAAAAUCAGAUGCGGCUUCUGAUGCUCAAAAGAAAGCAAAGAUGUUGCAAAGCGAGGCUGAAUCGUUGUUAGCAGAUGCAAGCCGGAAGCUGGAGUUAUUGAAAAAACUGGAAAAAAGCUACGAAGAAAACCAAAAAGCCUUGGAGGAAAAAGCACAACAGUUGGUAAAACUGGAAGAUGAUGUACGCACAUUGCUACAGACAAUCAGUCAGAAAGUUGCUAUCUAUAGUACUUGUUUAUAAUGAGGAUCAUUUCACUGACAACUACAAAUUUAAAGUUGCCUGUCAGUACUCUACUAAUGCUGAAGAACAAUCGAUUCCCAGCCUAAUUUUUUAAAAAUAAUGUAUUAAAAAGUGCAUCUUUUACUCCAAGCACUUUAUGUUCAGUAGAAGUUAAUGUUUAAAAUAUAAAAUGCAAUCUAAACUCAGUAUUUUUGUAGUAUUCAUUUUUAGAAACUAAAUUCAAUGAAGUAAAAAAAUUGAAGUGUAGCCAACUUUUUUGUAGCCAAUGUUUAACCCAUUUAUUGCCAUCACACUAGAUGUGACAUGGAUUUAGUAACCAUUUGAAUAAUAAAUGCUUUUCUUUUAAAGUAGUUUGUGUAGGAAUUACACACUACUGACAAUUUAUUUACAUGAGCAAAAAAGUCAUUGUCACAAGAGAAAUCAGUCUUCUGGAAGCAUUUCAGUGGAAAAGACACUGCACCUUUUAAUAGAGGGAGGACAAGGGCUAUAUUCUACUUCUACACUGAAACUGCCAUUUACUAACUACCAUUGCAGUCAUAAACCUGAGCAAACCCUGAGGCUAUUGUUUGAAAACAUUACAACUAAUCUGGAAGUAAUGCUAUGUAUGGGUGGCAACACCAAGCCCAAGAACAGACUUAAACAAAGUCCUUAACUAUUUUGCCAAUUUUUAAAAAGGAAAAGACAUGCUAUGAAUAGUUUAGCAUGUCAGGCAGCAGCUGUGCAGAGAGAAACAGUUAUGAGCAUGUAUUUGAAAAUUUCUUUCAUGCUGAUUCAGGGGCUCUGGAGUGUACAGUGCCAUCUCUGCUUAAUUUGGAGUUGCAGUCUCAGAAGAAGAAUUGGGGGUGGAAGAACUAUCAUAGGAUUUACAGAAUAUGGAAUGAGAAGACCAAAAAUGUACAGUUGAUUAACAUUUUUAAAAAGGGAAGUAGAACAACUGAUGACCUGCUCACCCUGAACACAGCCACAUUAUCUUGUGCACUUUUCCUCUGCUCUUCUGCCUCUAUUUCCUACUUUUUCCUCCAGCAGAAACAACACACUUAAGUUUAGGGCAGCUGUUUACUCUGCUCCUUUUAAAUCACCAGGCCCAUUCUUUGCAACUCUUACACUAUCUGCUGGAAGGACUAAAGGCAUUGGAACUAAAUAAAUACUGAGGAUUGGAUUUUGAUGUUAAAGACAUCGACUUAUUUUUAAAAUUUUUCUAGUCACAGCCUUGACUCUAAUUGCCCUCUGGCACUCAAAUGCCUCUAUUGAGCUCCUUCUUCCCUACAUUCUAAAUCUGUUUUUUUUUACAAAAGUGAUUACUUCCAGGGUCUGCAUAUACACAUCCAGGCUGAAGAUUUCAAUGACUUCUAAGGAAUGUACUGUUUGUAUAAUUAACUUUUUUGUACAUUCAUUCUGACAAUGGAUCUGAUUGAGGAUACACUGAAAAAAUACUUUCCAUGCACAUCUGCUACACUUAGUAUAACUUUCCCAAUAUUUCAAAGGAAUGCUCCAGGAUGUGGUUUUUCAGGUCUGUCCUUCGAGACCUCAUGAGGAAAAAAAAACAUCAAUCACAUACAAGUUGUGCCUAACUUUUGCAAGAAAGUUCUGACUGGGUUUGGCUGAGUUGUCUAAGUUGGUGCUUUAAGGGAGGUAACUUGGGUGAUUGAACUUCAUGUUCGUUUCCUAUCAAACGGAGAUCUAAUUACACCAAAGAUGCUGUUCUGAAAAACUUAUGCUGCGGAAUAAACCAAACAACUACUCUAUCAUGGUUGGCCUCAGAUGGCAAAAAGUUCAAGCUUCUCAUUCAAGCACAAUUACAAAUAUUGGAUCACAUUCCUGAAAAAUACCAAUUGCUUUUUAAAAACAAAAAUGGUGAGUUCUGACCAUUGCAGAAACAAAUCAAGUGUAUAAUUUCACUUAUGUUUUCAGAUGAAUUAUCCU